ACAAGUAAAUUACCAGAAGUAACCUCAUCUGACCAGAUAACCCCCAAUAUUAAUAUUGACUCAUCAAUUCACAAUCCUCACAAUAAUCAAACCUCAACAAAACUUGACAAUUUUAAUUUUUCUGUACUUAACACAAGCAAUAAUCAAAUUCAGAUAGAACUUGAUAAUCACAA